AUGGUUGUCGAAUUGCUUGCGGCCGGGGCUUCGAAGGAGAAGCCCAUGAAGAAUGGAGCAACGCCGCUGCAUCUGGCUUCGCAGAGUGGCCAUUUGCCGGUCGUGAGGUGCCUUCUGGCCGAUCGAGCGGUACCCAAUGCAGAGGCCGAGGAUGGGCGGCGGCCGCUCCACAUCGCCUGCCAGAAAAACCAUGUUGAGGUCAUCCGGACCCUGUGUGACAGUGAUGCCGAUCCAAACGCUCCUGGCCCCUAUGCAAUGACUCCAGCCUUUCCUGCCUGCCAGCGAGGGCACCUCGACGCGUUGAAGGCACUGUGCGAAGCCCGUGCCAAUCCGGAGGCCAUGGACAAGAGCGGCACAAGGUUGCUUGACGUUGCCAUCCAAGAAGGGCAUCUGCCUCUGGUGCAGACACUCUAUGGUGCUGGAGCCAGUAUUACCGAACCCAACCACAAUGGCAGGACGCCACUUCAUGUGGCUGCCUACUCUGGCGAUCUGCUCAUUGUUCAGUGGCUGGCUCAUGAAGGAGUGCCGAUUGAUAGCCGGGAUCGCCAAAGACUCACUCCUCUUCAUUUGGCUGCGCGUUUCGGAUAUGAGGUUGUUUGCAUGAAGCUCGUUGAGCUCUUCGCCGACCUCGAAGCUGUGAGCAGUUCGGGCAGCCGCCCUCUGCACAUGGCUGCACUCUUCGACCAGGAGGAAGUGGCGCGAUUCCUGUGCGAACAGCAAGUUGAGAUGAACGUUCUGGCCCACCCGGGGCUCUCGCCAUUGCACCUGGCUGCUGCCAGAGGAAAUCUUGAUGUGGUGAAAGUUUUGUGCGACUUCGGCGCUAACCUGGCCAGACGGGACGUCUUCGGUGCGAUGCCGGUCAGCACGGCAGUCCGCUACGGCCGGGAUGCGAUUGUGCAGUGCAUGCUGGAUGCAGCGGGCUGCCAAGACUCUGAGUCUACCGAGUCUACGCCAGGCCACGUGGAGUCUGCCCCCUUCUUCGUGCAAGAGUGA